AUGUUGUCCAAUUCAUCAAGGUCCGACACCGAGUCUCAGGAACCCCCUACCUUGGAUGAGUCUUUACCGCAAACACCCAACGUUGAUUCCGAACACAAAUCAGCAGAAAAGGUGGUCCCCGAAGACAGUACAACAUGGCAUAUGACCGAGAUGGUGCAGGAAAUGCGAGCUCGAGAUGAGGAAGCUGGAGAGAAAUCCAGGAAGUUGGGCGUGACCUGGCGGAACCUUACCGUGAAAGGCAUCAGUUCUGACGCUGCAUUCAACGAGAAUGUUCUGUCCCAAUUCAACCCAUUCGCAGGAAGUGGAAAGGACUCGCCGACUAAAACCAUCAUCGACAACUCGUAUGGCUGCGUUAAGCCCGGAGAGAUGUUACUAGUUCUUGGUCGCCCUGGGUCAGGAUGUACGACAUUGCUGAGCGUGCUCUCAAACCACCGGCUCGGCUACUCAGAGGUCACAGGGGACGUCAUGUUUGGAAACAUGUCCGCGGCCGAAGCCAAGCAAUAUCGUGGUCAGAUCAUUAUGAAUACCGAGGAAGAAGUCUUCUUCCCGACGUUGACAGUUGGUGAGACCAUUGAUUUCGCGGCCCGCAUGAAAGUCCCCUAUCAUCUCCCAUCGGGUGUAAAGAGUAGGAAAAAGUAUGCUGAGCUGAACAAAGAGUUUUUGUUAAGCUCAGUUGGUAUUUCCCAUACUGCAUCUACCAAGGUGGGAGAUGCUUUUAUUAGAGGUGUCUCGGGAGGCGAGAGGAAACGUGUUUCCAUUCUUGAGUGCAUGAGCACUCGUGCAAGUAUCUUCUGUUGGGAUAACUCCACGCGCGGACUCGACGCCAGCACAGCAUUAGAGUGGAUUAAGGCGAUCAGGGCUUUCACGGACGUCCUUGGACUCACCACUAUUGUCACCCUCUACCAGGCAGGCAAUGGCAUCUACGAACAUUUUGAUAAGGUGCUGGUACUGGACGAGGGCAAGCAAAUUUUCUACGGUCCACAGAAGGAGGCUGUUCCUUUCAUGGAAGACCUUGGCUUCAUGCGCGCCACUGGGUCCAACAAGGCAGAUUUCCUGACUGGGGUGACUGUUCCAACAGAACGCAUUAUUGCCCCAGGUUAUGAGAAAAACUUUCCCCUGAAUGCCGACGAAGUCCGUACGGUAUACAAUCUGUCAAGCACCAAGACCAAAAUGUUGGCCGAAUUUACGUAUUCGGAAAGUGAAGAGGCGGCCGAGAAUACGGCCGUUUUCAAGGAAAUGGUCGCUCGGGAAAAGCAUAAGGGUGUGUCCAACAAGUCACCUAUCACCGCCGACUUUGCAACCCAGAUCAAGACUGCCGUCAUCCGGCAAUAUCAGAUCAUGCUGGGCGACAAAUCAACCCUCCUGAUGAAGCAGGGCGCCACGGUUAUUCAGGCUCUACUCGGCGGUUCGCUCUUCUACAAUGCCCCAGACAAUUCUCUUGGUUUGUUCCUCAAGGGUGGCGCUUUGUUCUUCUCCAUUCUAUACAAUGCCCUGAUCGCACUUUCGGAAGUCACCGACUCAUUCACUGGCAGACCCAUUCUAGCUAAGCAUCGUUCAUUUGCCCUGUAUCAUCCAGCAGCUAUCUGUAUUGCCCAGAUCAUCGCAGACUUUCCUAUCUUGCUUUUCCAGGUCACGCACUUUGGCUUGGUCCUCUACUUUAUGGUUGGGCUUAAGGCAACUGCAGAAGCCUUCUUUACCUACUGGAUAACGAAUUUUGCAACAGCGAUGUCCAUGACGGCUCUAUUUCGACUGAUAGGGGCCGCCUUCCCCACAUUCGACGCCGCGACUAAGGUAUCAGGCCUUACCGUUGUGGCGUGUUUCGUUUACAUGGGCUACAUGAUCAUCAAACCUCAAAUGCAUCCAUGGCUUGUAUGGAUUUUCUGGAUAAACCCCAUGGCUUACGGCUUUGAGUCCCUUCUUGGAAACGAGUUUCAUGACCGAAAUAUCCCCUGUGUUGGCCCGAAUAUUAUACCAAACGGGCCCGGUUAUACCGAUGGAGAGGGCGGGCAAUCCUGCUCUGGAAUCACCGGUGCUGCAGUGGGCGCAACUAGUAUCAUGGGUGACGACUACCUCGCAUCUAUGUCAUUCAGUCAUAGCCAUAUCUGGCGCAAUUUUGGAAUCAUUUGCGGGUGGUGGGUAUUUUUCGUUGCGCUGACCAUCUUCUUUACCUCCAGAUGGGAGUUACCUGGAGAAGGUGGCCGCAGCCUUCUCAUUCCCCGGGAGAAGGAGACUAAAACGAAGCAUUUACUCCUUGGAGACGAGGAAUCUCAAGUGACCGGGAAGUCUGUCACCGAGUCUGGAGCAAACGAUUCACAGGCGAGCCUUGGACAAGAUCUCAUCCGCAACAGAAGUAUCUUUACCUGGAGGAACUUGACAUAUACUGUGAAGACUCAUUCGGGUGAGCGAGUCCUUCUCGACAACGUGCAAGGCUAUGUUAAACCUGGCAUGCUUGGAGCUCUCAUGGGGUCUUCUGGGGCCGGUAAGACAACUCUCCUUGACGUUCUUGCCCAGCGCAAGACGGACGGAAACAUCCACGGGUCCGUUUUGGUUGAUGGCCGCCCUAUCCCCAUCUCCUUCCAACGCUCUGCAGGGUAUGUGGAACAGUUAGAUGUGCACGAGUCUUUUGCUACUGUUCGUGAAGCCCUCGAAUUCUCUGCUCUCCUACGUCAACCCCGUGACACGCCCGCGGAGGAAAAGAUAAGUUAUGUGGACACUAUUAUAGAUCUACUGGAACUCCGUGAUCUUGAGCAUACACUUGUUGGGCGCCCUGGUGCUGGUCUGUCUGUCGAGCAGCGCAAGCGUCUCACUAUCGCCGUGGAGCUAGUCGCGAAGCCGAGCAUUCUGAUCUUUUUAGACGAGCCCACAUCAGGCCUUGACGGCCAGGCAGCAUACAAUACCGUUCGUUUUCUCCGUAAGCUUGCUGAGGUUGGGCAAACCGUCUUAGUCACUAUACACCAGCCAUCGGCCCAGCUGUUUGCACAGUUCAAUACACUACUUUUGCUAAGCAAGGGCGGGAAGACGGUGUACUUUGGGGAUAUUGGCGACAACGCAAGCACUGUUAAAGGCUACUUUGCUCGACAUGGAGCGAAUUGCCCGUCCGAAGCCAACCCUGCUGAGUAUAUCAUCGAUGUGGUUUCAGGAAAUACAUCUCAAAAGGCAGACUGGAACAAAAUCUGGCUAGAGUCGCCGGAGCACGGCCGACUCACAACAGCGAUAGAUGAGAUGGUAGCAGAAGCAGCUGCUAAACCCUCAGAGACCACUGACGAUGGGCAUGAGUUCGCAGCGUCGAUGUGGACGCAGAUCAGACUCGUGACUCAGCGCAUGAACGUCUCGCUAUUUCGGAACACUGAAUAUAUCGACAACAAGUUUGCUAUGCACAUCAGUCUAGCACUAUUGAAUGGCUUCUCCUUCUGGAUGAUUGGGGACAAUCUCACAGACCUGCAGCAAAAUCUCUUUACUGUCUUCAAUUUCAUUUUUGUUGCGCCAGGAGUGAUUGCCCAACUACAGCCUCUCUUCAUCGACCGCCGAGAUAUCUACGAGACACGUGAGAAGAAAAGCAAAAUGUACCACUGGGCUCCCUUCGUUGCUGGCCUUAUCGUUUCGGAGAUACCUUACCUGAUUGUCUGCGCGUUGCUUUAUUACGUCUGCUGGUACUUUACCUGUGGGCUGAGCGCGGCACCGGAACAUGCCGGUAGUGUUUUCUUUGUGGUGGUGAUGUACGAGUGCCUCUACACUGGCAUUGGUCAGAUGAUCGCCGCCUAUGCCCCUAAUGCGGUCUUCGCUUCGCUUGUCAACCCACUCGUGGUUACGACUCUGGUUUCUUUCUGUGGAGUAAUGGUGCCAUAUAGCCAAAUCGAACCGUUUUGGAAAUAUUGGAUAUACUACAUUGAUCCUUUCAACUAUCUCAUGAGUUCACUGCUUAUUUUUACCACUUGGUCUAAGCCUGUAACCUGUGAUGUUGGGGAGCUCGCUAUAUUCGAUCCGCCUGCCAAUCAAUCCUGUGGUGAUUACCUAGCCUCCUACCAACAAGGUCAAGGGAUGGGGACAAAUCUCCUCAACCCAAGUGCAAUGGCGGAUUGCCAAGUGUGCCAAUAUAUGUCAGGUGGAGAUUACCUCAAGACCCUCAAUCUCGAAGCUGAGUAUUUUGGGUGGAGGAAUGCAGGAAUCAUUGUUGUCUUCGUAAUUGGUAUCUACGGAUUGGUGUUCCUGAUGAUGAAACUGAGAACCAAGGCCACCAAGAAGGCAGAGGCUUAG